AUGUUUAGUUUCAUAUCCUUUCUCGCUCUUAUCCUUCCGAUCACUGCGAUGCCUUUCAACGUCGGUACAGCUUUGUACAGCAUAGACGACGUAUCAUCCAAAACGUGGACGACCGAAGAUGUGGCAAUCUUGCGCAGUCGCAUUUUAAUGGACCAGUUAAUUCCGAAAAAAGUGGUCGCUGGAAAAUCGUUUCUUAUGUACGUACAGUUAAUUGUAAACAAAUUUGAGACGAUCUCCAGCGACAAGACGAGGAAAAUAGCUAUGGUUACGGCCUGUGAUGUGAUUGGCGCUUAUCUUCAAGGGGUGAUGCUGCCACACGUAAAGAACGGAUAUUACAACGGCCACGAGAGCUAUGCAGUCACCAACGAACUGUUCGCGUUGGAACGGAAGAUCAAGUUUAUUUUGGAUACCGACGGACGUGGUUGGAUGACGCCCGUAGACGCCGGUCAGCAGAGCACGGCUGUCGCCGCCGCCGCCGCCAAAAACGACGACGCGGACGAUCCCAUUUUUGAGGAGACUGAAAACGCGUGUGCAGCCCUCUUGACGAAAGUCGUACCGGUGGGCAGGGAAUUGAUCACCGCCGUGCCGGUACCAGCAUUCGACGAUAACAAGAACCCGGGGUCGCUGGCGUUUCCGUUCGUGGUCGGCAAGCGGCUGUUCUCCGUGGACAGGCCGUGGCUGUCGGCCGAUGACCACCGUCCGCUGCUCGUCCGGUAUUACCGACUGGCCGUUGGCUGCACGUCGCCAGCGCCGGAACAGUUCCGGGCGGACAUGCACCGUUGGCUGGACAGCGCGGUGGUACCGUUGUUGGCGGACCGCAAACGUUGGUUCCCCGUACUGGCCGGCGCGACGCGCGUCGUCCGGGCAGCGGCCAAGGCAGCAAGCGGCGACGUGACCGCGGUCGGCCGUCCUAAGCGGAAGGUGACGACCGAGCUGACUGCGACCGAUGGUGAUAUCCGCCGGUCGUGCGACGACGAGACCGACGGCCAAGUACCCAACGUAAACGUGUCCCUGGCGGUCAUUCUGUUGUCGCUCCUGUUCACGUGGUUAUCGUUCUGGGCAUUCGGCCUUGAACGGCAAUCGCAAACUGUGACGUACAGCAGAAAACCAGAUACGGUUUUCAACUUUUAG